AUGGCUGACUACGACAACGACAACGGCCGUUACGCCGAUGAACCCCGUUACGAGCGCGACCGCAGCGCCUCGCCUCGCGAUGAGCCUCGAGGCGACCGCGCCCGUAGCCGUUCUCCCAACGGCCGCUCUGAUGACAGGUAUGAAUCCCUCCUUCGAUGGUACCGCACUAUGACCAUCACUGACACCACCUCGAUGGGUAGACCUCCACCCCGUAAUAAGAACCUUGACAUCGAGGAGGAUGAGGAAGGUGCCCAGAACCCGGGCUCUAACUUGUUUGUUACUGGCAUUCACCCUCGUCUGACCGAGUCCGACAUUUCGCGCCUUUUCGAGAAGUACGGCGACGUCGACAACUGCUCCAUAAUGCUUGAUCCCCACACCAAGGAAUCCCGUGGUUUCGGUUUCGUCAACAUGACCACUCCUGAGCAGGCAGAUGCUGCCAAGGAGGGCCUUCAAGGCGAGGUCAUCGAGGGUCGCACUCUGAGCAUUGAGAAGGCCCGUCGUAGCCGUCCUCAUGGCCGUGGCCCACCCCGUCGUGGAGACCGCUACGAUGAGCGCCGUGGCCCUGGUGGUGGUGGUAACUGGCGUCGUCGUGACGACGAUUACUAUCGUUACGGGCGUUACGACUCUUACAACGACCGCCGUGACUACGGUCGCGACUACAAUCGUGGAGGUGGUGACUACCGUAGCCGCGACUACGGUGGCCGCGACUACCGCCGUGAUUCUCGUGAUGAUUAUGGCUACCGUGGUGGCGGCGGUGGCGGCGGUGGCGGCGGUGGACCUGACCGCUACAGCGACCGCUACAGCCGUGAUGAUCGCCGUGGUGAUGACCGCCGUGGUGGUGGUGGCAGCGGCAAUGGUGGUGAUGAGGGUGGUCGUGGUUACUACGACCGUGACGCGAACGCUGGUAGCUAUGAUGCCGCCCCUCCCCGCGAGCCGCGCGAGCCUUACAGCAGCGGCGGUGGCGGCGGCGGCGGCGGCGGUCGCUCCUACGAAGGCCGUGGCGGCGAGGAACGCUACGGUAGCAGGUAA